AUGACGACGUUGUCCGAUCUUUCAGUGGAUUUGGUGGGGGAGAUCUUCUCUAGAGUUCCAUUGAUAUCUCUAAGCGCGGUGCGAUAUACUUGUAAAACGUGGAACGCUUUAUCCUGGAACGUUUUUUCAGAAAAUCUUGUUUUUGGUAAAGCAGCAACAAGUAAGCAGUUUUUGGGGUUCGUGACAGUGGGUUAUAGCCUUUGUUCCCUGAGACUUGAUCUCCAAGGCAUCCGCAAUGACGAUUUCGUUGGUCCAUCUAUAAAGCAAAUAGAUUUACUUGAAGAAAACACGAUAUCUAAUGUCAUACACUGCGACGGCUUAUUGUUAUGCGUCGUCGGCCAAGACGAAACGAGUAGGAAGCUCAUGGUGUGGAACCCGUAUUUGGGGGGGCCAUUCAGGUGGAUCAAACCAAGAUUCAAAUCCCAAAAGUUCCAUAGAUUAGACAUGUUUGCUUUCGGUUACGACAACAACAACAACAACCGUGACCACAAAAUCUUGUGGAAGUUUUUGGGUCAUGAUGACUACAAAGAGAUUGGUUAUAAAAAUAUCCCAUCCUACUACGAAAUAUAUGGUUUUAAUUCUAGUUCAUGGAGGGUUCUUGAUGUAAAUCCCGACUGUGAUUUACAAAGCAGCGUAUCAUUGAAGGGAAAUACUUACUUUUUUGCUCGACGAAUACAAAAGGUUGGAGAGGUAGUAGCUUCAGAGAUGAUUGGUUUUUUACUCUGUUUUGAUUUUACAACAGAGAGAUUUGGAGAACGCCUUCCUCUACCCUUUCACACCAACUAUGAUGUUCCACGACAUGUGAUUCUGUCUUGUGUAAGAGAAGAGAAGCUGGCUGUGUUAUAUCAAGGCUACGAGACAUGUUCGUUAAUAGAGAUUUGGAUAACGACUAAGAUUGAGCCCUGUGAAGUAUCAUGGAUCAAGUUCUUAAGAGUGGAAAGGACAUCUCUCUCUGAAUUUCGUGUUGGGAGAAGCUUCUUCAUUGAUGAGGAGAAUAAAGUUGUUGUGGUUUCCGAAUCUCCUAGGUAUAGAUGGAACGAAACAUGUCAAUAUGAAACAGCUUACAUCAUUGGACAAGAUGGAUACUCCAAACCUGUGAGAAUCGGAGACGGUCAUCUUUGGGAAGCUGACAAAAAUGGAUAUUGUGAUCCAAUUGUGUUCUCUUCCUAUGUUCCAAGUUUAGUGCCAGCAGCACAAAUCAACCAAUUUUGGUGUUAG